GGAGCGUUGUAGACUUUGGUAGCUCAGUGCGGCUGGGGCCGGAGCCGCGGACUUCCCCCCAGCACUACUGCGCCGCUCCGCCCCGGAGUGACGCCCUCCGCCCAUGGGCCUGGCCGGAGGCAACCGGCGGGCGGCGCGGAGGAGGCGGCGACAGGUGGCGCACAGCAGGGCCAGAGCCGGGUCAGGCCAUGGCCGCCUCGGAGCGGCUGUACGAGUUGUGGCUGCUCUACUACGCUCAGAAGGACCUAGGCUACCUGCAGCAGUGGCUGAAGGCUUUCGUGGGAGCUUUCGAGAAGAGCAUCUUACUGUCCUCCUUGGAGCCACAAAGGCCAGAGGAGGCGGGUGCAGAGGUUCCCCUGCUACCACUGGAUGCCCUGCAUGUGCUGGCCGAGCAGCUGGACCAGGGGGACCUGGAGCAAGCCUUGUUGGUGCUCAAGCUCUUCAUUAUUCUAUGCAGGAACCUGGACAAUGUAGAGGCAGGCUGGGGCCAGGUGCUGGUACCUCGUGUAUUGGCGCUGCUCACUGGGCUGGUGGCUGAGCUGAAAGGACCUCCACCACCACAGGAGGACCGUGGGACCCAGCUGGAGAAUGUGGCCCUGCAUGCCCUGCUCCUCUGUGAGAGCCUUUUUGACCCCUACCAGACCUGGCGACGCCAGCACAGUGGGGAAGUCAUCAGCUCCAAGGAGAAGAGCAAAUACAAGUUCCCUCCUUCAACUUUGCCUUCUGAAUUCAGCGCCUUCUUCCAAGAGAGCCUGCAGGAUGCAGACCACUUGCCCACGGUGCUACUGUUGCGGCUCAUCCACCUCUUUGGUGCUGUCCUUGCAGGAGGAAAGGAGAAUGGGCAGAUGGCUGUGAGUGCCGGCUCUGUGCAGGGCCUGCUGGGUGUGGUGUGGGGCUGGGGCCAUGGGCCACCCCAGGACUCCCGCGUUGUACCACUGGCCCUGGAGGCACUGGUGGGUGCAGUGCAUGUCCUACACGCCAGCCGCGCACCUCCCCGUGGGCCAGAACUCCGUGCCCUCCUGGAGGGCUACUUCCGAGUCCUUAAUGCUGACUGGCCAGCUAGUCCAAGCUCAGGCCCUGAAGAGGCCCUUGUCACCCUGCGGGUCAGCAUGCUCGAUGCCAUCCCCAUGAUGCUGGCAUGUGAGGACCGGCCAGUGCUGCAAGCUACCUUCCUCAGCAACAAUUGCUUUGAACACCUCAUUCGCCUCAUCCAAAACAGCAAGCUAUACCUGCAGGCCCGGGCGCCCCCUGAGGGGGACAGUGACCUGGCUACCCGGUUACUGACCGAGCCCGAUGUUCAGAAGGUACUGGACCAGGACACAGAUGCCAUUGCAGUCCAUGUGGUCAGGGUGCUGACUUGCAUCAUGAGUGGCUCCCCUUCAGCCAAGGAGGUGUUCAAGGAACGCAUUGGCUACCAGCACCUGCAAGAGGUCCUGCAGAGCCAUGGGACCCCCACCCACCGGCUAUUGCAAGAGCUGCUCAACAUGGCUGUGGAGGGUGACCACAGCCUAUGCCCGCCUCCACCAAUCUGCAACGAGCAGCCGGUGCUGGUGCUGAUGCAGUGGCUGCCAGCAUUGCCCACGACUGAGCUGCGCCUAUUCUUAGCACAACGCCUUUGGUGGCUCUGUGGCAGCCGCCCUGCCAGCCGUGCCACCUGUGUGCAAGCAGGUCUGGUGGACUACCUACUGGAAGCCCUUGGCACAGGGAUAGCCCUGGGGGCUCGCUGCCAGGAGCAACUGUUGGCAUUGCUGCAAGCUCUGGGCCGUGUGUCACUAAGGCCCUCGGAGCUACGUCGCCUGCUGCACCCCCCACCAGGGCUGGACUCAGGGUCAGGCAGAACUGAGGCUCAGAAGGCUCGACAUGCAGGUGCCAUCAUCCGAGCACUGUCAGGAAUGGCCCGGCAUCAGGGUCGUACACGUGCCCUGCGCUACUUUGACCUCACACCCAGCAUGGCAGGCAUCAUGGUGCCCCCUGUGCAGCGAUGGCCAGGACCUGGCUUCACCUUCCAUGCCUGGCUUUGUCUGCACUCCAUGGAUGCAGCCCCUGCCUCUGCUCCCACCCGGCCUUUCCAGCGAAAACAGCUGUACAGCUUCUUCACCAGCAGUGGCUCGGGAUUUGAGGCCUUCUUCACUGCAGCUGGGACCCUGGUGGUGGCUGUGUGCACACGGAAGGAGUACAUGACCAUGAGCUUGCCUGAAGUGUCCUUUGCUGACUCUGCAUGGCAUUGUGUGGCCAUCGUCCAUGUGCCUGGGCGCCGGCCCUUCAGCCAGAACCUAGUCCAUGUCUACAAAGAUGGCCAUCUGGUCAAAACCGCUCCCCUUCGUUGUCCCUCCCUCAGUGAGCCUUUCUCCUCCUGUUGUAUUGGCUCUGCUGGGCACCGCACAACGACCACCACCACAGGACUGCCUGCGCCACCAGUCCCCACUCACCCCUCCCUCACCCGCUCCCAGUCGGUUCCAGCCUCCACAGGGCUGGGCUGGGGGUCUGGGCUGGUGGCCCCCCUGCAGGAGGGCAGCAUCAGCUCCACCCUUGCAGGAACCCAGGACACUCAGUGGGGCAGCCCCACAUCCCUGGAGGGUGAGCUGGGCGCUGUGGCCAUCUUCCAUGAAGCUCUGCAGGCACCUGCCCUGCGCAGUCUGAGCACACUGGGGCCCAAUGAGCCGGCACCCUUCAAACCUGAGGGAGAACUAUAUGAGCUUGGGGCCAAACUCCUCCUUCAUUACUCACCUCAGGCCUGUAAGAACAACAUCUGCCUGGACCUGUCCCCUGGGCAGGGGCUGGAUGGCCGUCUGACGGGCCACAGGGUAGAGACAUGGGACGUGAAGGAUGUGCUGAACUGCGUGGGGGGCAUGGGUGCCCUGAUGCCCCUGUUGGAGCAAGUGGCCACGCAGCCCCAAGAGGCCGAGGCAGGUCCAGCCGAAACACAUGACCUUGUGGGGCCUGAACUGACUUCAGGCCACAACACCCAGGGCCUGCUUCUCCCACUGGGCAAGUCUUCAGAGGAGCGGAUGGAACGGAAUGCAGUGGCUGCCUUUCUGCUGAUGGUGCGGAACUUCCUACAGGGCCACACUGUGAACCAGGAAAGCCUGGUGCAGUGCCAGGGGCCUGCCAUCAUUGGGGCUCUCUUGCACAAGGUCCCCAGCUGGGCUAUGGACAUGAAUGUGCUCAUGUCUGCCCAACUGCUAAUGGAGCAGGUGGCAGCUGAGAACAGUGGGCCCCUCCUAUACCUGCUCUACCAGCAUUUGCUCUUCAACUUUCACCUCUGGACCCUCAGUGAUUUCGCUGUGCGCCUUGGCCACAUCCAGUACAUGUCCAGCAUAGUUCGUGAACACAGACAGCGGCUACGGAAGAAGUAUGGGGUCCAGUUCAUCCUUGAUGCUCUGCGCACCCACUACAGCCCACAGCGGGAGCGCCCCCUUGCGGCCGACGACCUCCACACAGUGCAGACUUCCCUCCUGGGCUUGGCUCGGGAGUUCCUGGUACGAAGCUUCUCUGCUGAUGACUUGCAGGUUGUGCUGAGUUUUUUGGCAGCCACUAGUGAUGAUGGCCAGGCGGUGGGCGCACUGGACCUGCUGCUGGCCCUGCUUCAGGGCUCCCCGGCUCAGGAGUCCUUGGCUGUCUUCCUGUUGGAGCCAGGAAACCUCGAGGUGCUGCACGCUCUGCUGUUGCGGCCAAGGUCCCUGCCCCUGCUGCCUGACCGAGUCUGCAAGAUCCUGCGCAAGCUGCAGCAGAACGAGCGGUUACCGGAGCGGAGCCGUCAGCGGCUCCGGCUGAGGGACAGCGGUCUUCAGGGUCUGGUCGCCUGCCUGCCUGAGGGGGCCAUCUCCCCCCAGCUCUGCCAGGGCCUCUAUAAGCUGUUCCUUGGGGCAGAUUGCCUGAACCUCUCAGACCUAUUGGCUGUGGUGCAGCUGUCCCUCCAGGCUGACCUCAGCAUCCGUCUAGACAUUUGUCGCCAGCUCUUCCACCUCAUCUAUGGACAGCCAGACACAGUGCGACUACUGGCCCGACAGGCCGGCUGGCAGGAUGUGCUGACCCGGCUGUAUGUCCUGGAAGCCCCCACAGCGAGUGGUCCCCCACCCUUUCCUCCAGAGCCACCCACCUCCCUGGAUCCAGCCCUGUCCCCACCACCUACUGAGUCGCCUCCUGAGCCUUCAGACGUCUUCCUGCCCUCAGAGGCCCCCUGUUCUGACCCAGAUUCCUUUUAUCAUGCCCUAUCCCCAUUCUGCACGCCCUUUGACCUGGGCCUGGAGCGGGCCAGUGUGGGUUCAGGCAAUACUGCAGGUGGUGGUAGCAACAGCGGGACCGUUACCCCAGCCAGCCAGCCUGGCACACCUUCCCCACUGGAUGGGCCGCGGCCCUUCCCUGCUCCCCAUGGUCGCCACAGCUCCAGUCUCUCCAACGUGCUGGAGGACGGUAGCCUCCCAGGCGUCAGUGGGGAUGACACUUCUAACACCAGCAACCCUCAGCAAACCCCUGAGGAGGAACUGUGCAACCUGCUCACCAAUGUGCUGUUCUCAGUGACGUGGCGGGGCGUAGAGGGCAGUGACGAGUCUGCCUGGCGGGAACGAGGCCAGGUCUUCUCAGUACUCACGCAGCUGGGGGCCUCAGCCACACUGGUGCGCCCGCCAGACUGCAUCAAACGCAGCCUCUUGGAGAUGAUGCUGGAGUCAGCCCUGACCGACAUUAAGGAGGCCCCCACUGGGGUCCUGGCCAGCCUCACCCAGCAGGCGCUUUGGCUGCUCCGUCUGCUGCAGGACUUCCUGUGCGCUGAGGGUCAUGGGAACCAGGAGCUAUGGAGUGAGAAGAUAUUUGAAGGUGUGUGCAGCCUGCUGGAUCGCCUGGGCGCAUGGCCGCAUCUGGCCAACAGCACAGCUGAUCUCCGUGAAAUGGCGCAGAUAGGUCUUCGUCUUGUGCUCGGCUACAUCCUGCUGGAGGACCCACAGCUGCAUGCCCAGGCCUACGUGAAGCUGCACAUGCUACUGCAGACCGCAGUGCCAGUUCGCCGUGAAGAGGCCUGCUAUGUACUCUCCAAGCUGGAGGCCGCACUCAGCCGGGCACUGAAUGCCUCUUCCUCUGAGACGGCCACUGAGCACGCACAGCCCACAUCCAUGCCUGCAGCAGCCUCAGAGCGCUGCUCGUGGCUGGUACCGCUGGUGCGCACGCUGCUGGACCGAGCCUAUGGGCCACUGGGGCUGCAGUGGGGGCUGCCCUCCCUGCCGCCCACCAACGGCAGCCCUACGUUCUUUGAGGACUUCCAGGCUUUUUGUGCCACACCGGAAUGGCGCCACUUCAUCGACAAACAGGUGCAGCCCACUAUGUCACAGUUUGAAAUGGACACAUAUGCUAAGAGCCAUGACCUCAUGUCAGGCUUCUGGAAUGCCUGCUACGACACGCUCAUGAGCAGCGGGCAGCGGCACCAGCAGGAACGCACCCAGAGUCGACGGGCCUUCCAGGAGCUGGUGCUGGAACCUGUGCAGCGGCGGGCACGCCUGGAGGGGCUGCGCUAUGCAGCAGCACUCAAGCAGCAGGCAGCCCAGCACUCGACGGCCCUGCUGCAUUGGGAGGCACUGUGGCACCAGCUCUCUAGCCCCUGUGGGGCUUGGGCCCUAAGGGACCCUCCAACUCCCCACUGGAAGCUGUCCAGCGCUGAGACAUACUCGCGCAUGCGACUGAAGCUGGUACCCAACCAUCACUUCGACCCUCACUUGGAAGCCAGUGCCCUACGUGACAAUCUGGGUGAGGUCCCCCUGACACCCACCGAGGAGGCCUCGCUGCCUUUGGCAGUGACCAAAGAGGCCAAAGUCAGCACCCCGCAUGAGGAGCUACAGGACGACCAGCUAGGCGAGGAUGAGCUGGCUGUGCUGGAGGCUCCGAUGGAAGCAGCAGAACUGGAUGAGCAGCAUGAGAAGCUGGUGCUGUCAGCUGAGUGCCAGCUGGUCACAGUGGUGGCUGUGGUCCCAGGACUGCUGGAGGUCACCACGCAGCAUGUGUACUUCUAUGAUGGCAGUACUGAGCGUGUGGAAACUGAGGAGGGCAUUGGGCAUGACUUCCGGCGCCCUCUGGCCCAGCUGCGUGAGGUCCACCUGCGGCGUUUCAACCUACGCCGUUCAGCCCUUGAGCUCUUCUUCAUUGAUCAGUCUAACUACUUCCUCAACUUCCCAUGCAAGGUGGCUGGGCCCUCAGCCUCUUCUCCUUGCCAGGCUUCCAGGCCCCAGCCCUACCCCAUCCCUCCCCAUACUCAGGUACGGAACCAAGUGUACUCGUGGCUUCUGCGCCUGCGGCCACCCACCCAAGGCUACCUAAGCAGCCGCUCCCCUCAGGAGAUGCUGCGUGCUUCAGGCCUUACCCAGAAAUGGGUACAGCGGGAGAUAUCUAACUUCGAGUACUUGAUGCAGCUCAAUACCAUUGCGGGGCGGACCUACAAUGACCUGUCUCAGUACCCUGUGUUCCCCUGGGUCUUGCAGGAUUAUGUGUCACCAACCCUGGACCUCAGCAACCCGGCUGUUUUCCGGGACCUUUCCAAACCCAUCGGUGUGGUGAACCCCAAGCAUGCCCAGCUUGUGAGGGAGAAGUAUGAGAGCUUUGAGGACCCGGCAGGCACUAUCGACAAGUUCCACUAUGGCACCCACUAUUCCAAUGCAGCGGGCGUGAUGCAUUACCUCAUUCGAGUGGAGCCUUUUACCUCCCUGCAUGUCCAGCUGCAGAGUGGCCGCUUCGACUGCUCUGACCGGCAGUUCCACUCAGUGGCAGCAGCCUGGCAGGCGCGCCUGGAGAGCCCCGCCGAUGUGAAGGAGCUCAUUCCAGAGUUCUUCUACUUCCCUGACUUCCUGGAGAACCAGAAUGGAUUUGACCUGGGCUGCCUCCAGCUGACCAACGAGAAGGUGGGCGAUGUGGUGCUGCCCCCGUGGGCAAGCUCUCCUGAGGACUUCAUCCAGCAGCACCGCCGGGCUCUGGAGUCAGAGUAUGUUUCUGCUCACCUGCAUGAGUGGAUUGAUCUCAUUUUUGGUUACAAGCAGCGGGGGCCAGCAGCCGAGGAGGCCCUCAAUGUCUUCUAUUACUGCACCUAUGAGGGGGCUGUGGACCUGGACCAUGUAGCUGAUGAACGGGAACGGAAGGCUCUGGAGGGCAUUAUCAGCAACUUUGGGCAGACUCCCUGUCAGCUGCUGAAGGAGCCACAUCCAUCCCGGCUCUCAGCUGAGGAAGCAGCCCAUCGCCUUGCACGUACGGACGCUACUUCACCGAGCAUCUUCCAGCACCUGGACCAGCUCAAGGCCUUCUUUGCAGAGGUUAUCAGUGAUGGUGUGCCCCUGGUGCUGGCCCUGGUCCCCCACCGGCAACCCCACUCCUUCAUCAUCCAGGGUUCCUCAGACCUUUUGGUGACCGUGAGUGCCAGUGGGCUGCUGGGCACCCACAGCUGGUUGCCCUACGACCGAAACAUAAACAACUACUUCAGCUUCAGCAAAGACACCACAAUAGGCAGCCCCAAGAUGCAGAGACUGCUGAGUGGCCCAUGGGUGCCUGGCAGUGGCGUGAGUGGGCAAGUACUGGCAGUGGCCCCUGAUGGGAAACUGCUCUUCAGCGGUGGCUACUGGGAUGGCAGCCUGCGAGUGACUGCGCUACCCCGAGGCAAGCUGUUGAACCAGUUAAACCGCCACCUUGACGUAGUGACCUGCCUUGCGCUGGACACCUUUGGCAUCUACCUCAUUUCAGGCUCCCGGGACACCACGUGCUUGGUGUGGCGACUUCUGCAGCAGGGUGGUUUGUCGGUAGGGCUAGCAUCGAAGCCUGUACAGGUCCUAUUUGGGCACGAGGCUGCAGUGAGCUGUGUGGCCAUCAACACAGAACUCGAUAUGGCUGUGUCUGGAUCCGAGGAUGGAACUGUGAUCAUACACACUGUACGCCGAGGCCAGUUUGUGGCAGCACUACGGCCUCCAGGUGCCAUGUUACCUGGACCUGUGUUCCACCUGGCAUUAGGGUCUGAAGGCCAGAUUGUGGUACAGAGCUCAGCAUGGGAGCGCCCUGGGGCCCAGGUCACCUACUCCUUGCACCUGUACUCGGUGAAUGGGAGGUUGCGGGCUUCACUACCCCUGGCAGAGCAACCUACAGCCCUGGCAGUGACAGAGGACUUUGUUUUACUGGGCACUGCUCAAUGUGCGCUGCACAUCCUCCACCUGAACAGACUGUGCCCGGCCGUGCCUCCCCUGCCCAUGAAAGUGCCGGUCUGCAGUGUCGCCGUGACCAAGGAACGUAGCCAUGUGCUGGUAGGCCUGGAGGACGGCAAGCUGAUCGUAGUGGGCGCAGGGCAGCCCUCUGAGGUGCGCAGCAGCCAGUUCGCGCGGAAGCUGUGGCGGUCCUCCAGACGCAUCUCCCAGGUGUCGUCUGGAGAGACCGAAUACAACCCUGGCGAGGCUCGCUGACCUGGGCUGCCCCGCCCAUCAGGCCCUGCCCCCCGGAACGGAGGCCCCGCCCAGGAGUCGUCUGCACCAGGGGGUGGGCGGGGCCCAGCCCCCAGCUCAGGGAUUGGCGGAUGGCGUCACCAGGAAGUCCCACCCCUUGCCGGCUGAGGGGCAGUGAGAUCCAGCACCGGCCUCUGUGGCCGCUGCAGUACAGUUUGCACAGACUGGGGCGGGGGUCCCAGGCUCCCAAGCCCCACGUCCCGGCGGAGCGCACGGACCGCCCAUGGCCUUAAUCCCCAAAGGUGGCCCUCGCCCGCCCAUUCUCAGCAAUAAACCUGGCCUAGUUUUGUAGAUGCUCCUCUGUGUAUUGGUGCGCCCCGCGUCUCAGCCUGCUAUGGCCAAGAUCCUAGGAUCGUUGUCCCCAGGUCUGGCCUCCGAGUCUAACGUGGGGCCUCAGUUUCCCCAGCCCUUCGGGGUCCCUUCUGUCCGCCAUCUCCCAGCUCGUAGUUCUUCGGAAUCUCCUUCGCAUGCCAUCCGCCCACUGCUGCCAGCCAGGCCAAUGCCGAUGGCGCUGGUGCACGCUCCUGCGCAGGGCGGGGGCGAGACCGCGCCCUGGAGCUCAGCUCCGCCUCCUCAUUGUCCUGCCCCCCCCUUUCCCGGACCCCCUCCACCGGGCCGGUGCUUGUGCUGCUCUUCUAAGAGCGGGUGGACCAGAACCAAGCCUCUCCAAGGGAUUUCCCGUCGCCUUCUCUGCGAAUCCAGGGCAGUCCCCGUGGCCUCAGAGGCCCCUGUCCUGCCCAACUGAGUGGAUUCUGGCCCUCUUUCAGAGGCGGCCACCGCAG